AUGAAACCACGAUUAUUUUCCACUCUGCGGAGCUUACAACAUGAGAAUCCGUUGGGAUUACCACGAACCGGCAGUAUUCCUCGCAUGCAGCGUGGGCUGCCCGAACGAAGAAAGAUAAAGGAUGUUAAGAAAGUCAUUGCAGUUUCAUCUGCAAAAGGAGGAGUUGGAAAAUCGACGCUUUCUGUCAACCUUGCGCUCGCCUUUGCUCGUCGUGGUCUCCGAAGUGGAAUUCUAGAUACAGAUAUAUUUGGUCCCUCAAUACCUACACUACUGAAUCUAUCGGGGGAACCCAGAUUAUCCUCAAACAAUCAACUCAUACCCCUCUCGAAUUAUGGCGUAAAGUCAAUGUCAAUGGGCUAUCUAGUGGGCGAUGAGGCACCAGUUGUGUGGCGUGGAUUGAUGGUCAUGAAGGCAUUGCAGCAGCUUCUACACGAGGUAGACUGGGGUGGGUUGGACGUGUUGGUUCUCGAUUUACCACCGGGAACCGGAGACACUCAAUUAACUAUAACGCAGCAAAUUGUACUUGAUGGGGCGGUAAUUGUAUCAACUCCUCAAGAUAUAGCUCUCAAAGACGCUGUGAAGGGUAUCAAUAUGUUUAAGAAGAUUGAUAUUCCGAUUCUUGGAAUGGUACAAAAUAUGUCUCUAUUCACAUGCCCACACUGCCAGAACAGCACACACAUUUUCGGGUCGCAUUCGGGAGUCACUCACGCUUGUGAAACGCAUGAGAUUGAUUUUCUAGGAGAUAUACCAUUACACGCGAGCAUCUGCGAUGAUGCGGAUAGGGGAAAACCGACUGUUGUAGCCGAGCCCGAAAGUGAGAGAGCAAAAGCAUUCAUGUCAAUCACAGAACUCGUAGGAAAAAAGAUUGGGUUGUUUUGA